CACAGAGCUGAAGCUUCAAUACGUCUCGUCCCGGACCCAGGAGUUUUAAGCCAUGGAAUCGCCCACUAAGGAGAUUGAAGAGUUUGAGAGCAACUCUCUCAAGUACUUACAACCUGAACAAAUUGAGAAAAUAUGGUUACGACUCAGAGGAUUGAGAAAAUACAAGAAAACCUCUCAGAGGUUGCGAUGUUUGGUGAAACAACUGGAACGGGGUGAAGCUUCUGUUGUAGACCUGAAAAAGAAUUUGGAGUAUGCAGCGGCAGUGCUUGAGACAGUUUACAUUGAUGAGACCCGACGCCUCCUCGAUACAGAAGAUGAACUCAGUGACAUCCAGUCAGAUUCUGUUCCCUCCGAGGUACGUGACUGGUUGGCCUCCACCUUCACAAGGCAGAUGGGGAUGAUGCUGAAGAGAACGGAGGAGAAGCCGCGAUUCCGUAGCAUUGUCCAUGCGGUGCAGGCUGGGAUAUUUGUGGAACGAAUGUACAGGCGCACAUCAAAUAUGGUUGGACUAAGCUACCCACCUUCUGUGAUCACUGUGUUAAAGAAUGUAGAUAAGUGGUCCUUUGACGUAUUUGCACUGAACGAGGCCAGCGGAGAACACGCCCUCAAAUUCAUUGUCUAUGAACUUCUCACCAGAUACGACCUUAUCAAUCGUUUCAAGAUCCCCAUUUCCUCCCUCAUGUCCUUUGUUGAAGCUCUGGAAGUCGGAUACAAUAAACAUAAAAAUCCAUAUCACAAUUUAUUACAUGCAGCUGAUGUUACACAGACUGUUCAUUAUCUGCUGCUGAGAAGUGGUAUCAUGCACUGGCUGACUGAACUGGAAAUCCUCGCCAUGAUAUUUGCAGCUGCUAUCCAUGACUACGAGCACACAGGAACCACAAACAACUUCCACAUCCAGACCAGGUCUGAUUCAGCAAUCCUGUACAAUGACCACUCAGUACUGGAGAACCAUCAUGUCAGUGCUGCUUAUCGCCUCCUACAGGAGGAUGAGGAAAUGAACAUCCUCUUCAAUCUUUCAAAGGAUGACUGGAGGGAACUGAGGGCGCUGGUGAUUGAGAUGGUCUUGGCCACUGACAUGUCCUGCCACUUUCAACAAAUCAAAGCAAUGAAGAACUCCUUGCAGCAACCGGAGGGGAUCGACAAAGCUAAAGCCUUAUCUCUGUUGUUGCACACGGCUGAUAUCAGCCACCCAGCCAAAGCCUGGGAUCUGCACAAUCGUUGGACUAUGGCAUUGCUGGAGGAGUUUUUCAGACAGGGUGACAAAGAAGCAGAACUGGGACUUAUUUUCUCUCCACUCUGUGAUCGCAAGUCAACCAUGGUAGCUCAAUCUCAAAUAGGUUUUAUUGAUUUCAUUGUGGAACCGACGUUUUCUGUGCUGACUGAUAUGUCGGAGAAGAUUGUAACUCCUCUUAUAGAUGAAGCCUCCCGCUCCGGUGGCACUGGAUUCCGACGUUCCAGUCUGAACAACAUUGCCACCACCGAAGUCAAACGGUCCAGUGUGAAGAGCACAGGGUCGGAAGGAAGUGCCUCAAUGAAUUGCUCCCUGCUCACUGUGGAUGUGAAGAACUUUAAAAGUAGCUGGAACGAACUGUUACAACAAAAUCGCGAGAGAUGGAAGGCUCAACAUACCAAAGAUACAGAAGAAAAGGUCAGAAGAGAAGCUAUAGAAAAUAUCAAGCAAGCGUCUAAGGAAAUCGUGGGGAAUGACGAAACAGCAGAGCAGGAGGACAAAGGACAAGCGACUGAACAGGGAAAUGACAAAGAGGAAAAACACUCAAAAGACAAUGAUAGUAAUAACAAGCAAACCCAUAAUACCACCAAUGACUGUGAGUCCAAGGAGCAAGAAAGCCAGUCUGAAAGAGAGAAAGAUUCUGAUCACAGUAGUACAACAGAGGAGGCAUCACAGCUUGUACAGAAUGGAGAGGUGAACAAUGGAUCUGAGCAAAAUGAGAACUCCAGUGAAGGAUGUGACCAGGCAAAAUCAGAAGGGCCAGAAGAAGAACAGAGUCCUGGCAACUAAUCCCAUCGCCCUAGCCGAGCUUCUUCAUUCCCCCCCCACCCCCCGCCCCAAGGAUCAGCCCACAGGGAGAGACUUGAACAGUGUUUCAAGCAUUCUCCACUUGCAGCCAUUUGUCCAGUUUACAAAGGACUAAAAAACUCUAGGCACUGAGGGGGGAUAAAAUUCCACCGUGGUCCAGACGUACUCCAUUAUCUCAGCAUUUUGGAGAAUCCAAAAUUUACCAGAUU